UCAUCUGAUGCUUCGCGGUCACAACCGUCUAAAGCAUUAGGUUAGAUUAUGUUAUUUUCGUUUUUCAUGUUAUAAAAUAUACAAGUAGCAUUGCGUCGAUGUACUUUGCAUCAGCAGAAGAGCGCAUAAUGUUUUAAACGGCUUAUUUCAUGACGUAAAAUAAUGGGCUGUGUACAAUGUAAGGACAAAGAGGCCACCAAACUGACGGACGAGAGAGAGAACAGCAUCACGCAACACUCGGGGUACCGCUAUGGCUCCGACCCCACCCCCCAGCACUACCCCACCUUCGGGGUCACGGCCAUCCCCAACUACAAUAACUUCCACCAGCCCGUCAGUCAGGGCGUGGCCGUCUUCGGGGGCGUCAACUCCUCCUCCCACUCCGGAACCCUGCGCUCCCGGGGAGGGACAGGAGUCACCCUGUUUGUAGCACUUUACGACUAUGAGGCAAGAACAGAAGAGGACCUCAGCUUUAGGAAGGGAGAGAAGUUUCAGAUACUCAACAGCACUGAAGGGGACUGGUGGGAUGCCCGGUCCCUCAACACCGGUGGAACAGGCUACAUUCCCAGCAACUACGUGGCCCCUGUCGACUCCAUCCAGGCAGAGGACUGGUACUUUGGUAAAUUAGGCCGCAAGGAUGCGGAGAGACAGCUCCUCUCCAAUGGCAACCCCAGAGGCACGUUUCUAAUAAGAGAGAGCGAAACCACCAAAGGAGCCUUCUCAUUAUCUAUCCAGGACUGGGAUGACGUAAAGGGGGAUCACGUGAAACACUACAAAAUACGCAAACUGGACAACGGAGGAUAUUACAUCACCACUCGGGCUCAGUUUGAGACUCUUCAACAGCUUGUGCAUCACUACUCCACCAGGGCCGCCGGGCUGUGCUGCCGUCUGAUCGUGCCCUGCCACAAGGGCAUGCCUCGGCUGGCAGACCUGUCCGUCAAGACCAAAGACGUCUGGGAGAUCCCACGGGAAUCCCUGCAGCUGAUCAAGCGGCUGGGCAACGGCCAGUUCGGGGAGGUCUGGAUGGGUACAUGGAAUGGCACGACUCAGGUGGCGGUGAAGACUCUGAAGCCGGGGACCAUGUCCCCCGAGUCCUUCCUGGAGGAAGCGCAGAUCAUGAAGAAGCUGAGACACGACAAGCUGGUGCAGCUCUACGCUGUCGUGUCCGAGGAGCCCAUCUACAUUGUUACCGAGUUCAUGAAUAAAGGAAGUUUACUCGAUUUCUUGAAGGAUGGCGAAGGGCGAGGACUUAAACUACCAAACUUAGUGGACAUGGCAGCGCAGGUGGCCUCGGGGAUGGCUUAUAUUGAGAGGAUGAACUACAUCCACAGAGAUCUCCGCUCUGCUAACAUCCUGGUUGGUGACAGCCUGGUGUGCAAGAUUGCUGACUUUGGGCUCGCUAGGCUGAUUGAGGACAAUGAAUACACAGCCCGGCAAGGAGCCAAGUUCCCCAUCAAGUGGACAGCCCCCGAGGCGGCUCUCUAUGGAAGGUUCACCAUUAAAUCUGACGUCUGGUCCUUCGGGAUACUGCUCACGGAGCUGGUGACCAAGGGAAGAGUGCCGUACCCAGGCAUGAACAACCGUGAGGUGCUGGAGCAGGUUGAGCGUGGCUACCGGAUGCCGUGCCCCCAGGACUGCCCCCUCUCCCUGCACGAGCUCAUGGUCCAGUGCUGGAGGAGAGACCCCGAGGAGCGGCCCACCUUUGAGUACCUGCAGGCCUUCCUGGAGGACUACUUCACUGCCACCGAGCCCCAGUACCAACCCGGAGACAAUCUCUAAACGCACCACACGAUCUCUCCACCAGAGGACGCUCUCUCCCUUUUGUAAUGCUAUUACUACUAUACUUAUGAUGAUGGUGAUGAUGAUGGUGAUGAUGAUGAUGAUGAUGAUUAUUAUUGUUAUUAUUUAAAACCUGACUGACUAUUUGACGGGACACGGACCCGCCACGGUGAAGCCAACGUGUGACAAGAGGCUCUUCCAUACUUCUCAUCGAAUCUCAUCGCUCUGAAGUACAAAAAGUACGAGACUCCAUCUUCCAUCAUGAUGAUGUGAAAACAAUGCUAUUAGGAGAGUCAAAACAAUGUUGUUGGGGAAAAUGCAACCUCUGUGGCUUUGCCCUCCCAGUGUUUUAAGAGGAACUCUUAAACGUGAUGGUGUGCUUAUACUUACUGUAAAUAUCACCUGUGGGUUAACUGAACCUCUGUUUAUUUUUGCCUUGUUUACAUUCGUUUACGUUUUUUGCAACCCCCCCUCUCACACAACUCCCGCCCCUCUGACUAGUCCGCUGUUGUAAAGCAUUAAAAAGCAUGGAUCAGGAUGCCUAA